CCUGCCUCCUGCUUCCGCUCGUAUUGAAGGGUGGUCGAGAGGACGGAUACCACAGAGCGAAAAUGGGAGUAGAGAUUGAGACAAUAACUCCGGGCGACGGACGGACAUUUCCGAAGAAGGGGCAGCGCGUCGUGGUGCACUAUGUCGGCACACUGGCAGAUGGCAAAGUGUUUGACUCCUCGAGGUCCCGGGGGAGGCCGUUCAAAUUCAAAAUUGGACACCAGGAGGUUAUUCGUGGUUGGGAAGAAGGAGUAGCCCAGAUGAGUGUAGGUCAGCGGGCAAAGCUUGUUUGCUCACCAGACUUUGCGUACGGCAGCAAAGGUCACCCAGGGAUCAUCCCACCAAAUGCCACUCUCACCUUUGACGUGGAGCUGCUUGGUCUGGAAGCCUGAAACUUGUGCACUCAACUUUGUUUAAUUCCACUCAGAUUAUCAGGGUUGACUCCUAUCUCGGGAACAUGGAGGAAAAAUGUGUAACAGAUGAUUCCUGCUCUUGAUUCCUGCAUAGGACCUAUGUCUAUAGCUUCACUAGUUCACUUCUCAUUUAGAUACAAAUUGUGUUACGUCACUUGCUUUAAAACUUUAUCCUUCAUACUAUACUUUAGACUCCAUACAGUAAUAAGUCAUAGGCUAUCCCAUCCCAUGUAUUUUGUCAUAUUCUGCUAUGUAUUUUUAUGGUGAUUUUUAUUUUUUUUUUGUUAUUAUUUGACUUAAAAUUGACUCUAUUUGACUUACAAAAUGUGUCUGCCAUCAGGACCACGUUUUAGAUAAGUGUCACUGAAUCAAUCUCAUUCCUGUGGCUCUGUGGCCUUUACAAUAAAAUUGUAUUGAUUGCGGGUAAUGAAUUGUCUUGCAUUAAAGUAAGAAUAAAUUGUUGUUUGACACAAUGAUAUUUCUCUGAAUAACCUUUGUGAUACUUGCUGUUGGAAAAAAUUUAGAUAAAGGUAUGGAAUACAUUGAAACCAGGGAUUCACAACUCAAGCACAACAUUGCCAUGAACAGCCUACAGCUCUCUGCAGAUGUAAGAUUUUUUUUGUCUAUACUGCAGCGUCAGUUCGUAAUUUAUGACCAAUAUGACUCUUUUUGCUGUAAAGUUUACAACUGGAUGAUAUUUGUCUUCUUGGCCAAAAGACAGUGUGGUGCAGAAAAUGUUUGGUCUCUGAUAAAGUGUUUGUAGGUUUUUUUGGUCUGUGGCUUAUUCUAAAUACAGUAAGAGUAAUUGUAACAACAGUUUUACUUCCCUUGGGCGAUUGUAUCACUGCUUAGCCUUAGCAUUUCCUAUCAUCACUGAGUUAUGAUCAAUAUUUAAUGGUAUCACAGCACACUACCAAUAAAAGUAAAUAAAAAAAGAAAA